AUUCACUAUUCACCGUCACGAUCGCAGCUUCACAUUCAUCUUAAGUGCAAUAUACCACCUUCCCCUCUCUAAUGCAAUGACCUCGACAGGUGGUCUCUCUCGCCGACGUGUAGCAGCAUCAGGCUCCAACAACGACGAUGCGGACGACGCCUGGGGUUUGAACGGUGGCGGUUCAAGCAGUCAUUCUUCCAAUCCCAGCAUAUCCUCUACACCGAUACCCGGGUCAACCUCCCAUGCUGGCACAGCGUUCCAAGGGGGAAGUAAGAUUGCUUACGACCCCAGAGACUUGGAACGUGAAGAUGAAGAUAUCCGACAGGGUGGUAAGGCACCCAAGUUGACGAUCAUGGAGGAGGUCUUACUGUUGGGUCUCAAGGACAAGCAGGGCUACCUGUCAUUCUGGAAUGACAACAUUUCAUACGCGUUACGUGGAUGUAUCCUCAUUGAACUUGCCCUACGGAGACGAAUAGCCCUCGUUAAAGACCCAAAUCGUCGUCAACUACCAAUAUCGGAACGUAUACUUGAAGUCAUCGAUGAGCGAGGGACGGGAGAGACCCUCCUAGACGAAGCACUCAAGAUGAUGAAGGGGCAAGAAGCCGCAGGUGAGAAGAUGGCGGUUAAUAGUUGGAUAGACCUUCUCAGCGGCGAAACAUGGAACGUCAUGAAGAUCGGGUUCCAACUAAAACAAGUUCGAGAACGUCUAGCAAAAGGUCUUGUCGACAAGGGUGUGCUGCGUACUGAGAAACGCAACUUCUUGUUGUUUGACAUGGCAACACACCCAAUCGCCGACAUGCGUACGAAAGAAACCAUCAUCAGCCGACUUGUUACCCUCCUCACUUUCACCACCACCGCUGUACCUCCAGCCGCCCUCGGCAAGGACGGCACACAAGCACGCGCUACUCGGUCAGUUUGUCUUGCCAUAGCUGCAUAUGCUGCGAGCGUUCUGGACAACGCUUUCGGGAGGUUAACAUACGAAGAGCGAGAAGCGGCGUUCCAAAGAUGCGACGAUAUCCUUGCAGAAUUCGCUUGUUGGCCGUUUGGCUCGAAUUCCGCUGGUAAUGGUAGCUCGUCGAGGAAAAGGGAUGCAGCGAGGAUCGGGAUGGGUAGUUCGAGCACAGGCAGUCGAGAAGCGGUGCUUGGUCUUAUUCAGGAGGUCAAGAAGGAGAUGAACGGAGAUGAGGAUCUAGGAUUUGAGUUGAUUGCUGGUGUUUUGGAGGUACUUUCUAAGCUGGAUUCGCUGCUAUAACUCUGUCACUUUUUAUUUCAUGGUACUUGACAUGUUUGCGUUAUUGUGUGUAGUCCUUCCUCGCUUCUCUUUGCAUAGAACUGGCAUGUUUGCGCAACCGAGCCUUCGUUCCUUGAC